AUGGCAGAGAGCAAUGCGGAAUGGGAAUUAUGUAAAGAAAACAUCCAGCCUUUGAGGAGGGGUCGUGCCAUCUCAACUCUGCAACAAGCUCUCAGUCAGCAGCUUGAAGGAUCUAGUACAUAUCUAAAUCAGCAAAAGCAGGCAUUUGAGUCUGAGCUGCGGAUGUAUGAUGGUGAUGACCCAAUGGAUGUAUGGGAUAGGUACAUUAAAUGGACAGAACAGACUUACCCCCAGGGAGGUAAAGAAAGUAACUUAUCCGUGCUUUUGGAGACUGCAGUGAUGCGGUUUACUGAGGAAAAGAAAUACCACAAUGAUCCUCGUUAUGUUGACCUGUGGAUCAAAUUUGCAGACAUGUGCCACGAGCCUCUUGAUAUCUUUAGAUACAUGCAAGCUCAGGGAAUUGGGGUCAAGCAGUCUGCUUUGUACAUUGCUUGGUCUGAGGAGUAUGAAAAGAGAGGAAAUUUCCGGAUGGCUGACCGCAUGUUUCAGGAAGGCCUUAAGAGUGGUGCGGAGUCUCAUGACAAACUACAGCAGUUUCACAAAGCUUUACAGGCUCGAGCGGCAAGACAAGCAGUUUCAUCUGUUGCUGUUCAAGAGAGUGAUGAUGAUGAUCAAGAGACACCUGAACCUCAAAGGAUGUCCCUUGUUGAACUCAAAGCUCUGGGGAAGAAAAAGGCAGUUGCGCCUAUUAGCAGGACGGGCACCUCAGCUCGACACACGACCCGAGGCCUGCAGCUAAAGCAGCCUCUUGGGACGAGUCAGAACCGUCAGUUUGUCAUAUUUGAUGAGAAUAAGGCUUCUGGUUCUGUGCCUGAUGAACCAAAAUUAGAGAGCUGGAAGGCUCCACCCAGUUCUAGAGCGAAGGAGAAUGAGCAGAGGCCUGAAAAAUGGAGCAAUGUAAAGAAGUCAAGGUUUGGACACAGUGUGGUUGCUCCUCCCAGCAAGCCGAAUUUCCAGCCCUUUGUCGAGGAGAGUGAUCAGCCUCCUGUUGUAACUCCAUGUAAGAUAAACCCUGCGGUGAACACAAUCCUGUCAGCACGUAAACCAUGCAGGGAGGAGACUCCUCUGAAGCGCCUGCAGGAGCAGCAGCAGCAUACCCAAGUGCAGCUGGAGGAGGGCAAAGUCAGAGAACAGAGCAUGUACUGCAAAGAGUUACUGCUCAGUGGCACGGUGGAGUUUUGUUUUGAGGAAUUGCGCGCUGAGCGAUACCGCCAGAAACAUGCUCAGAGCCUGGAGGGCUCUCCCAGUGAAGACAACCACACACAGUCGGGUUUAGCUCUCUGA